CAACACUCGAACCCAUGGCCGGGGAGCGACGUUUGCUACGAGCUGCUUGUCAUCAUAGCUUUCUCAGCUUGUUUGGCCUCGGCGAGCGCCUCUCGACCUCAGGUAUCGCAUAGCAUUGGUCUCCCAGCGAAACUCGGCUCUCCGAGUUGGGCAGAUAUCUUACGUCUGCUCGUCGCUGCACCCUAGCCGCGCUUGCAGUCGACGCACUCACUAUCUCAAGCUACGAGUUAACGUGCGCCUCUUUCCUUUCAUUGGCUGCCUUGUCUUUGCCUUCCGUAGCUUCAGCAUCGAGCACCACAGUCUUCAGUCAUGUCCUUUCGCAACGUAGGGCCGGCAGCAGGCACAGGCGGGGUGCCAAGGACUCUGCAGUUCAAGCUGGUGCUUUUAGGAGAGUCGGCUGUGGGCAAGUCGAGUCUGGUUCUACGGUUUGUCAAGGAUCAGUUUGAUGACUACAGAGAGAGCACGAUUGGAGCUGCGUUCCUCACACAAAGCGUCAGCUUAGAUCCGCAAACUACUGUCAAGUUCGAGAUCUGGGACACAGCCGGGCAGGAGCGAUACAAGAGUCUAGCGCCAAUGUACUAUCGCAAUGCCAACUGCGCAGUCGUCGUCUACGACAUUACACAAGCGAGCUCGCUGGAGAAGGCCAAGUCCUGGAUCCAGGAGCUGCAACGACAAGCCGAUCCCAACAUUAUCAUCGCACUCGCAGGCAACAAGGCAGAUCUAGCAUCGACCAGGCGAGCGGUACCGAUAGAGGAUGCCGAGCGCUACGCAGCAGAAGAGAACCUUCUCUUCCUCGAGACAUCCGCCAAGAACUCCCAGAACGUCUCGGAGCUCUUUACGAUGAUCGCGCGCAAGCUCCCGCUCGAAGCGGCGGCGAAUGCACAACGGGGAGCCGGACGCGGCGGCAGCGCGAUCACAGGCGCUGGUGCAGCCGGAGCUCGUGGCUCCGGCGUCGAUCUGCGAGGCGGGCAAGGUCACGGGCAGGGUCAGGAUGCGUGCAACUGCUGAUGGAUGAUUGGGUGGUGAUCGGUGGCGAUCGGCAUUUUGUCGCUCUCAGUCAUCACGCUGGCCUCUUUUCGGCUCGGCCACGAUGCGGUAUGAGCUAUGCAAAGUUAGUCAGCCACACCUUGCACGCACAGAUGCGCGUUUCUUUACAGCACGUACAUAUACAUAGCAUGCCUCUCGAACCUGCGCAUCGACGUUCCCGACCUUCAUGUUCCGUUUGUGUACUCUUAUAUCAUUAGGACUAUCAGCGCUGUGCUCGGUUA